UGGUAUACACUAAACAUCAUCCAACACCGUAUCCUGCAAUGGCUAAUUGCUUUGUAGUCGUGUUGUUGUCCAUGCAAUGUUUAUACGGGUUAUGUAUUAUUCAAAAGAACGUUAAUAUUCGUCAAGGUAUCUUCACAUGGGAAGAUGGAUUCAAUCAACCUGGAUGUCGUCUACUUGGACAGGAGUUAACUGGCGACAGUCUGAAUGAAGUUCGCGUUCUUGGUCUGUCAGAAAGACGUGGCGGUAGUUCAAGGAGCAAGGAAUAUUGGAUAGCGGCGCGUGUUCAGUAUACAAAAUGGAUGAGGCUUACAGGGUGUUUUUUAGUUAACAUACGCAAUUUUAUAUCAGUCACAGGAAAUAAUAAUGUGAGAGAAUGUACAGCAUAUUGUGAGGGAUCACUUUUCGGGUUAACCUCGGAGCGUUGCGUGUGUAUCAAUGCUUCUAAAAAAUUUGAAGAAGAUGAUGAUAGCUAUUGUAGAGCCGCCAAGUGCCCUGGAAAUGCUGAGGAAUUUUGUGGCAAUGUUGUUUUCGCUACUCGGAGCUGUGUUUGUGUCUAUGAACCGUUGACUUUAGUUAGUGAUGAUGCUAUUGGGAAUUGUAAAACUAUAGAGCUAAAUCGACAAGGUGGAAAGCUCCAGACAAAUGACUGUAGCGAUCGACAUACAUUUCUUUGUCAAGGAGGUAAAGAAAAUGAAGUUGAUCGUUAUCGACAGAAAAUGAACUGGACAGAAUCUGGAUUUGCCUGUUAUCGCGAGCAUGGAAAACAAUUUUACGGCGGAUAUUUUGAUAUCAGAAACCCCCCUGAUGGUCAACAUUGGGUUGGGGUUUUCCGCCAGGAAGCAUUUUAUUGGGGGAAAGUGAGUAGCCAAGAUGGUGAUUUCGAUUGUGUGUCCGUUACUGUUGAUGCAGAUGGGCGAUUAGAGAAAACUGUUAAGAAAUGCAGCUCCCUGCUACCCUUACUUUGUGAAACAUUUCAGUAUUCAGACAAUGAAAUUGAUUCAACAUGGAAAACAUUUACGACCAACUACAGUGACACUUUGACCACACCUACAGACAUGUAUGUUAAGAACACAGACUCGCGUGAUCUGAACGUACAGUCACUGGUGAUAGGACUUGUAGCAGGAAUGGUCAUCAUGCUGGUCAUCGUGUUAACGACCGUAGUCAUUUUACGACGUCGGAAGAGCGCAAUCGAAGCUAGAGCUAUCGUAAAUAGACAUGUUGAUAACAACAUGGAUGGCAAUUACGACCAGUUAAAUCCUAAUAGAGAAACCGGCCAUUAUGCUGAACUUCAAAACAAUGCCAUAACGUAUGAUUACAUAUCAACAAUAGACACUAAUAGGGACUAUGUUGAAAUCAUUGAAGGAUGACGUAAUAGUCGAAAUCUCCCGAAGGCCAUGCGAUAAUCAAAAGUAAAUAAUGUCCUUGAGAUGGAUAUACAUAGUAAUAAUAAUAGAAAACACAAACCAGAAAACCACACGCGCUUUCACAUGCUUUGAGAGCAAGCUCUUCAA